AUGGGGCUCAAGACCUACUGCCUAGGUCUAUCGCUCCUCUUCUUGAGCUUCUCGGUCCAUGCAGAGAACAUAACGAGCGACACUCACUUCUACGGACAAUCGCCACCUGUUUAUCCUUCUCUUAUGUAUCCAGCCGAAGGAACAGGGUCUGGUAAUUGGGAAUCCGCCUACCAAAAGGCCAAGGAGUUUGUUGGCAAAUUAUCUGCUGAAGAGAAGGUGAACUUGACUGCCGGAGUAUCUGUCGAAAAUGGAUGUUCUGGGAAUAUUGCACCGAUUGAACGCCUCGGUUUCCCUGGUUUCUGCGUCUCUGAUGCUGGGAAUGGACUAAGGGGAACCGACUUCGUCAACAGCUGGCCAAGUGGGCUUCACGUGGGAGCCAGUUGGAACAAAGAUCUUGCAAAGAAACGUGGCGCACACAUGGGCGCUGAGUUUCGUCGAAAGGGUGUCAAUUUACUACUGGGCCCUGUGGUUGGUCCACUGGGUCGGGUUGCUGAGGGUGGUCGUAACUGGGAAGGCUUUUCCGAUGACCCGUAUCUUUCUGGUAGCUUGGUCUUUGAUACCAUCCAGGGUAUACAGUCCGCGGGUGUCGGGGCUUCGACUAAGCAUUAUAUCGGGAACGAGCAAGAGACCAAUCGGAAUCCAGAGACAAAUGAACAAGGAGAGUAUACCGAGGCGGUCUCGUCGAAUAUUGACGAUAAGACUAUGCAUGAGCUCUACCUCUGGCCAUUCCAGGAUGCCGUGCUAGCUGGAAGUGCAUCUAUCAUGUGUUCCUAUCAGCGCAUUAACAACUCGUACGGUUGUCAGAAUAGCAAGACGCUUAAUGGGCUUCUGAAGACUGAGUUGGGCUUUCAGGGUGAGUUCCGAAGCCUAAUUUUCACUCUGUUCAUCGCGACUAAUAGCAAUACAGGCUAUGUUGUUACCGAUUGGGGUGCUCAGCAUGCUGGUAUUGCUGGAGCGAAUGCCGGUUUGGACAUGGUCAUGCCCUCAUCACAGACGUGGGGGGAUAACCUCACUAUCGCAAUCAAGAAUGGUUCUAUGGAAGCAUCCAGAUUGGAUGAUAUGGCCACUCGUAUUAUUGCGACUUGGUACCAACUCGAUCAAGUUGAAGGAAUCAAGAACCCGGGAAUCGGAAUGCCAUCAGAUAUUACCGCACCGCACAAGCAGGUGAUCGGAAAAUCCCCAGACUCCAAGCCCAUCCUUCUCCAAGGGGCAAUCGAGGGACAUGUUCUUGUCAAGAACACUGACAGCGCCCUCCCCCUUAAAUCCCCCAAUAUGGUUUCGGUAUUUGGAUACGACGCUGCCACCUCGGAUUUCCUCGAAGUGUCGCUCGCCCAACAACAAGACAGCCCACUUUACCAAAAUAGCACACUUUACGUUGCCGGGGGAUCUGGUGCCGGCUCUGCAGCAUACAUCGACGCUCCAAUCGAUGCCAUCCAACGUCAGGCUUAUGAAGACGACUCGUCCGUCAUGUAUAACUUCUACGAUCAGAAUCCCGAUGUGGAUGCGAGUUCUGACGUCUGUGUUGUUCUCGUCAAUGAUUAUGCGACCGAGGGCUUUGAUCGCCCCGGAUUGAGCGAUGAAUACAGCGAUACGCUCAUCACAAACAUCGCGAGUAAAUGCGCCAACACGGUAGUCGUCAUUCACAACGCUGGAAUUCGCGUCGUCGAUAAUUGGAUCGAGAAUUCGAAUGUCACUGCUGUUAUCUUUGCCCAUCUUCCAGGCCAGGAUACGGGUCGUGCUCUGGUGGAUAUUCUUUAUGGUCGCGCUAAUCCCUCCGGUCGUCUUCCUUAUACUGUGGCUAAGAAGGCGUCGGACUAUGGUGAUCUUCUCUCCCCGACACAGCCGGACGGUGAUUAUUGGCUUUUCCCUCAGUCGGACUUUACUGAGGGUCAGUUUAUUGAUUAUCGGGCUUUUGAUAAGAAGGGAAUUCCUCCACGCUUUGAGUUUGGAUAUGGAUUGUCUUAUACGAGCUUCAAGUACUCUGGUCUGCAGACUAAGAGCUCGGGUAAAUCCAGUUCGAAGUAUCCUCCAUCUGCAAAUAUUGUCGAGGGCGGAAACCCGCAUUUGUGGGACGUGUUGAUGACAGUCACUGCCGAGGUGCAGAAUGCCGGUAGUAUGGACGGUGAUGAGGUUACUCAGUUGUAUCUUGGAAUUCCUGGCGGUCCUGUUCGCCAACUUCGUGGAUUUGAGAAGGUCUCUAUCGCCAGUGGGCAAAGCGAGUCUGUCACUUUCUCGCUCACGCGGAGGGAUCUGAGUAGUUGGGACGUGAAUGCCCAGGAAUGGGCUUUGCAGGAUGGACAGUACAAGGUUUACGUUGGACGAUCUAGCCGUGAUCUGCCUUUAACCGCCUCUUUCUCCAUCUAA